GAGGAAGCUGGAGUAGUCUAUUAGUCUUUGCGCCAUAAAACUCCAGGUAGUGCAGGUGUGUACCCAACAGCAGCUGGAUUAGUAACACAAAUCAAACAAGUUAUAUUUAGCCUCUAGUAAUGUCACGCAAACUGAUACAUACAUUUGUGCCAUAUUUGUGAUUUCAAUCAUAAAACUCCAAAAAAACGCGGAAGCAAGUGCGUUUGGGUAUGUUCACACAGGUAGCUGUGUCCAGUCCGAACCCCGAUAGUACACCGUCAAUGCAGCCGGGUGUGGGCGAUGGGUGGGGGAGCAGCUCCGUUGGAAACAGAAGUGACCGCUAGCUUCAUGUCAACACACGGUCCUGAAGUCGCAAUAGUGCAAGUCUUUGAGAGAGAAGGAGGGGGAGAGACUGACAGAGAGUGAGGGGACUGCUGGAAGGGACACUGGGUUUUAUUUGCCUUUGAACCGGUCAAAUCUAACGAUUUUGCCAACUUUAAAUAGCUCGGGAACAUCCGCCGUAGGAAGGUUAGCUAGCCACCGCCACCUCCAUCUCAGUCGGAGCGACCAUCGGUUCUUCCACACUAUGGGGAACGCUGCCACCGCCAAGAAGGGCAACGAGCUGGAGAGCGUGAAAGAGUUUCUAGCCAAAGCCAAAGAAGAUUUCCUACGGAAAUGGGAAUGCCCACCACAGAGCACAACAUGCCUAGAUGACUUUGACAGAUUAAAGACCCUGGGUACUGGCUCAUUUGGAAGGGUCAUGCUGGCGAAACACAAAGGAACAGAGCAAUACUUUGCCAUGAAAAUACUGGACAAGCAAAAGGUGGUGAAACUCAAGCAAAUAGAACACACUUUAAAUGAGAAGAGAAUAUUACAGGCUGUGAGCUUCCCCUUUCUUGUCAAACUCGAGUACGCGUUUAAGGACAAUUCCAAUUUGUACAUGGUGAUGGAGUAUGUUCCAGGAGGAGAGAUGUUCUCGCAUCUAAGACGAAUCGGAAGGUUCAGUGAGCCACAUGCACGAUUUUAUGCUGCUCAAAUAGUGCUGACGUUUGAGUAUCUCCAUUCGCUAGAUCUCAUAUACAGAGAUCUGAAACCUGAGAAUCUUCUCAUAGACCACCACGGUUACAUUCAGGUGACAGACUUCGGAUUUGCCAAGAGGGUAAAAGGCAGGACCUGGACGUUGUGUGGGACACCGGAGUACUUGGCGCCAGAAAUCAUUCUCAGCAAAGGCUAUAACAAAGCUGUGGACUGGUGGGCCCUCGGAGUUCUCAUCUAUGAAAUGGCAGCUGGCUACCCUCCAUUCUUUGCAGAUCAACCUAUUCAGAUCUAUGAGAAGAUUGUGUCUGGAAAGGUACGAUUCCCCUCCCACUUCAGCUCCGACUUGAAGGAUCUGUUGAGAAACCUGCUGCAGGUGGAUCUGACCAAACGGUACGGCAACCUGAAGAACGGAGUCAACGACAUCAAGGGCCACAAAUGGUUUGCAACAACAGACUGGAUUGCAAUCUACGAGAGAAAGGUGGAAGCCCCAUUCAUACCAAAGUGCAGAGGCCCAGGGGACACUAGUAAUUUUGAUGACUACGAGGAGGAGGAAGUCCGUGUUUCUUUAACAGAAAAAUGCAUGAAGGAGUUUGCAGAGUUCUAGGAUGCAAGAACAUAGAUAUAUCAGGGACAAUAAGGGGCUCUUUGCACUUCUCUAAAGACUUGGGAUGGAGCAGAGACCAUCAUUUUUCA